AUGAGAGCUUGUCGAUGGUGCCGGACGUUUUCACGUUUUGGGAAAGAUAUUACACAGGCUGAUGAAAUAAGCGAUAAAAUGGACAUCAAUCAAGAAGUUCUUAUAACAUUAGUUCAAGAAAGGCCGGUGAUCUGGGAUAAGACGAUAGAAGGUUAUAAAAAUAAACGCCUGAAGUUUGAUUGCUGGAAAGAAAUAUUCGUACAAUUGAAUCCCGCAUUUGAAGAUUUAAGUGGUGAAGAAAAGAACACUUUUGGUUAG